GGAGCCCCAGGCAAGGACGCGGUGGCGGAGUGGGGCGGGAGGCAUGGUCUCCACCUACCGGGUGGCUGUGCUGGGGGCACGAGGCGUGGGCAAGAGUGCCAUCGUGCGCCAGUUCUUGUACAACGAGUUCAGCGACGUCUGCGUGCCCACCACCGCCCGCCGCCUCUACCUGCCUGCUGUGGUCAUGAACGGCCAUGUGCACGACCUCCAGAUCCUGGACUUCCCACCCAUCAGCGCCUUCCCUGUCAACACGCUGCAGGAGUGGGCAGAUGCCUGCUGCAGGGGACUCCGGAGCGUCCACGCCUACAUCCUGGUCUACGACAUCUGCUGCUUUGACAGCUUUGAGUACGUCAAGACUAUCCGCCAGCAGAUCCUGGAGACGAGGGUGAUUGGCACCUCGGAGACGCCCAUCAUCAUCGUGGGCAACAAGCGGGACCUGCAGCGCGGACGCGUGAUCCCACGCUGGAACGUGUCGCACUUGGUGCGCAAGACCUGGAAGUGCGGCUACGUGGAGUGCUCAGCCAAGUACAACUGGCACAUCCUGCUGCUCUUCAGCGAGCUGCUCAAGAGCGUCGGCUGCGCCCGCUGCAAACACGUGCACGCCGCCCUGCGCUUCCAGGGCGCGCUGCGCCGCAACCGCUGCGCCAUCAUGUGAGGCCGGGCGCCCUGCCUUGCCGCCGGCUGCAGCCUGAGGCCCGGCAGAGGGCAGCGCGGCGCGCGAGGAGCCGGCGGGAAUCGAGCUCUGAGGGUCCGGGCCCGGAGCGCCCCCGCAGCCACGCACCUCCACUGCAAGGCGAGGGCGAGAGGGAGCCUCCGCGGAACUCCUCCGCCUCCCCUUCUCCCGCGUUUGUCUUCCUGGGACAACCACCUUCAGUCUAGCUAGCGUAGGCCCGGCCAGCCUGAGCGGGUGCCGCAGCCUUUUGGGACGGGGUGAGCGUGUGAAAUGGAGGGCGGGGUGAGCAGGUGCUGCUGCCUUGGCCGGGCCCCCGCCGGUCCCCUCCAGAGUGUCCGUCUUUGUCCCGUGUCCUCCUUUCCCCGUGUCUGUCUGCCCAACUGUCUGUUCUUCCUUGUCUUAUCCGCCCCCCGCUCUCCCGCCCCACCCCAGCUCCGCUCACAGGGCUCUCAUUUUGUCCAUCCCCUUGUCGCAGAUCCUGGCAGCUUCGCGAUGCCAGGCCAUCUGACCGUCGGCGCCACUGGCACAGGGCAGAGAGAUGCAGGUGGCCCACGGACCGGACCGCAACCAAGAGGUCUAAGGGUUGAGGUCCCAGAUGCGUCAGGGGGAGAAGGCUGAGCUUCCUGCUCCCAGGGAGACCUCCCUGCCCAACAGCCCCCAGAGACACAACAACCUACCUUCCAGCCUUAACUCGAUGGUCCGUCCCUGCCGGGUGCCCCUCACCCCCUUCCUGACCCCAAAGCCAGAUCACCCCCCGGGUUAAAAUUUUUGUUUCGUUUUAACAGCGUGGGGAGGGAAUUCCCCAAAGGAUAGAUUCCUUCCGAUUCCUUCCCGUGCCAGGUUCCAGCCCUCCGUUACCUCCUGCCCCAGGGGAUCUGCCUGACUGGGGGAUGUGGAAUUCUAGGGGUCUGUUGGUGGUGGGCAGAGGGGUGCCCAGGAGGGGGUCAGGUUGUGCCAGUGACGAUUCUGUCUCCCCACCCCACCCCACUCUGCUUACCCCAAAUUCUGCCUGCCUCAGAUCUCAGGGUAGCCUGACUGUUCUGGGCAGGAGCUGGGAAGGGAAUCAUGGGACCCCUGUGCCUGGGGGAGAUGCCUGCAUCCCCACCUGUGGGUGGAGGCCCUCAGGAUCUGACACCCCUGUCCCAACACCAGUUAGCCCUACGCCCUAAUUCACUCCACCCCAUUUUCUCCGGCUGCCUGGCCGGGUUUCUACCUCUCGUCACCGGAGCUGAUCACUGUCAGUUUUGUACAGAUUUAGAAAUAACAAUAAUAAUGAUUCUAGGAAGUGCCCUGAGGGGUUAACGGGGGGCUUGGAGAGAAAGAGAAACGGUGCCAUGUCCCUUGCCCCCCGGCCAAAGGAGGUUCUCUUUGAGGCUGAGCCCUUCCCUGGUCCAGUGGGAGGAUAUCAGGGACCCUUGGUUAAAGGAGGAGGCCACAUGGAACAAUCCAGCUUUGGCCAGCUCAGCCAAGGCUGCAGCACAUAAGCCAGGAAAUCAGGUAGCCCAGUGUGAUGGCGAGGAGCCUGGGGGAAGGGUCACCACUGGGCCUUUACCACUAAGACCCAGCGUGUGGGGAAUCAAUGAUUCUCUCUUCCACUUCCCCCACUGGUCCCCACCCCGUCCCCCCACUGGGGGCAGCACAGCCCUACAGCAGCUGCCCCGACUUUGGGCAGACCAUUGCACUGGGUUUUAGUCCCUGCUGUGCUGCACGACUGGGCAAAUGUCUUGCCCUCUCUGAGCCUCCCUCUGAAACAGAGGCGGUGGCUCCCCUCCUCCACACUUUAGAGUGGCCAGGAGGGUAAGGAAGAGGGCUGCCCGCUCUUGUCUUCGCACCCUUGUCCCCUGGUCCACCAGAGGGAUGGAGGGGAAGGAUGACAACGUCUCCUAUGCCCACUUACCCCCAACUCUGAGGCACCUGAGGUAAGGGUGGGGGACUCAGGCCUCUGGCUGCCCACUGUGGGAACCACUGGAAUGUAUCCCCCAACAGGCUCCCCAUCACACCCUGUGCUUUGCCCCAGUUCUUGGAUUUCAGGUCCCUCCACGCCCAUUCUGAGUCUCUGUCCUUCCCCCUUCCCCACCAGGGUUUCCCACCACAGGGUCUGGAAGUGUGUGUGAUGCCCAUUAGGCUGUUAUCAGAAGUCAGAUUAAACAUCAGGGAGUGUUUCCCUUGUUUCUGUA